AUGGCCGCUUCAGCCAUCAGCCCAGAAAGACGAAUCGAGUCGAAUCCGUACGAUUCGGACGCGUGGACGCUUUUGCUCAGGGAAUAUCAGGCUCGACCAAUUGAACAGGCCAGGGACUUCUACGAAAAAUUGAUUGGUCAAUUUCCAAAUGCGGGUCGUUAUUGGAAAGCGUAUAUUGAGCACGAGUUACGAGCCAAAAACUUCAGCAAAGUUGAAGAGCUAUUCAACAAAUGCUUGGUGCACAUUUUGAACAUCGAUCUCUGGAAAACUUACGUUUUCUAUGUGCGAGAAACAAAGGGACAUGUGCCGAGUCUCCGAGAACAAAUGGCUAAAGCCUACGAUUUUGCGUUGGAAAAAGUUGGACUUGAUCUCUACAGCUACUCGAUAUAUUCGGACUACAUAUCUUUCUUGAAAACUGUACCUGCUACUGGUCAGUACGCGGAAAAUCAACGGAUCUCAGCAAUUAGACGAGUGUUUCAACGGGGAAUCGUCAUUCCGAUGGUUAACAUUGAACAACUUUGGAGCGAGUAUUGCGCAUAUGAAAAGAGUAUCAAUGCGACACUCGCUGAGAAGCUGAUCUCCGAGAAAAAUAAGGAUUAUCAGCUUUCCAAGCGGACCACUCGGACAAUGGAACAUGUGUGUCGAGGCUUAAAUCGUCAAACAAUCAGUGUGCCACCUCGGGGAACGGCUACAGAAAUGAAACAAGUUGAAUUGUGGAAGAAAUACAUCGGAUGGGAGAAAGAGAACCCAACAGAAACCGAGGAAUAUUCAGGAUAUGCGAAAAGAGUCAUCUAUGCGUACGAACAGGCGUUGCUUUGCUUGGGAUUUUAUCCGGAUAUCUGGUACGAAUGUGCACAAUUCAUGCAGCAAGCCGCCAAGACGUUGGAGGAGAAGGGUGACGUGAAAAGUUCACAGCAAAUGACCGAUGAUAUCAUCAAGCUCUACGAACGUGCUAUUGGGGAAAAAGGACUGCAAAAAGAAUCACAGCUCUUGUAUUUUGCUUAUGCGGACUAUUUGGAAGAACGAAUGCAAUUUAAUGAAGUGAAAGACGUGUACAACAAAGUGCUUGAAAUUAAGACGAUCGAUCCAACCCUGACUUAUAUUCAAUUGAUGAAAAUGGUUCGUAGAACUGAAGGUGUGCAAGCGAUGCGAUUGAUUUUCAAAAGAGCACGCGGCGAUGAACGAUCCAGAUUUCACGUCUACAUAGCCGCGGCUCUUUUCGAGUAUUAUUGCUCAAAGGAGAAAGACGUCGCGAUAAGAAUCUUUGACCUCGGCCUGAAGACUUAUGGAAACGAGCCCGAAUUUUGCUUGGCUUAUGUAGAUUUUCUGACUCAUUUGAACGAGGACAAUAAUACUCGUGUGGUCUUUGAACGAAUCCUCACCUCGGGCUCACUUUCGGAUGAGAAAAGCCAGAUUUUGUGGGAUCGUUAUUUGGAAUUCGAAUCGCUUGUCGGUGAUUUGACGAGCACGUUGAAGGUUGACGUGCGAAGGCGUGCCGCUCGUAAAUCCGAGGAUUCUCAAACGUUGCUUUUAAUUGACAGGUAUCGCUUCCUUGACUUGAACCCGUGUACACCGGAUCAACUGAUACUUAUGGGAUACAAGAAGUUGCCAAGUGCUAUGAUACAAGCAAUCCCGAGCGGCUCAAUCUCGUCGAAGCCUUUGACACAACCAGUUGCCGCGAGUGCAGUGAUGGGCGGAAGUGCCAUAAACGGGGCCAUUCCAGUCAGUGUUCGGAUGGAUAUUGGAGGAUACCCUUGCCCAGAUACGGAUCAGAUGAUUCCAUUCAAGCCAAAGCCACCGACGACUACUUUGAUUCAAACAUAUCCUGGAGGUGUUUUUGCUCCACCGCCGGCCAUUCAAUCGUUCAUCCAAAUCCUGCCUCCUCCCUGGACAUUUUAUGGACCAUUUGUUGAUUGUGAGCAACUCUUUGACAAGUUGAUUCAGUAUGAGCCAAGGAAAAUAGCCGGGAUUGAUAUUGAUACGGUGGUUGAAGUGACGGAACGACAUGGAUCUUUGCGAACGGAGGAAGCGAGAAAAGAGCUGCAAAUGCUUCUCAAUACGACACCCGAUCCGCACAUGCUAAUUCGUCAACAACUCGCUCGUCGACGGAUUCGAGGUGGUGCCGGAUCGGACUCAGACGAUGAGGGUGAUAUCUACAAAAAGCGCAUGAAACAACAGAAUAAAUUAGGAAAAACU